CAUGGUGACAGCAGCGGAAGCAGGUCAGCAAAGAAUAUUCUGCUGUGAUAUUAGAACAUAUCUCUGAACUGGCAGUGACUCCAGCGGCUGCUGAAGUAUCCCACAGCUCAACUCGGAGUGUUGGAGAUGAACGCUCAAAAGGCAGUCAGGCAGAUGACAAGAAACGCUCACGCCGAACACGGAAGCGACCCGGUCGUAAGGCAAAAGAAAACAAGCCACGCACAAAGAUUGUCGUUCGCAGAUUACCUCCUCAUCUUCCCGAAGAGAUCUUCAAGACGACCGUUGACAAAUGGCUGGGUGAGACGGAUUGGUGGACUUUUGUUGCAGGAAAGAUUGCCACAAGCCAAGCCAAGAUCAGCGUGUUCUCUCGAGCAUAUCUCAACUUUAAAAACAUCGAUGCUCUUCUUGAUUUCUGUCGUACAUACAAUGGUCAUCUCUUUGUAGAUUCCAAAGGAGUUGAGCAUCGGGCUGUGGUUGAAUUUGCCCCUUUCCAGCGUAUUCCAAAGAGUAAGAAGAAGCCUGACCCGAGAAUGAAUACGAUCGAACAAGACCCAGAUUUUCUGGCAUUUCUCAAAAGUCUCGAAGAAGACAACGAAGCAAAGGCUGCAGCAUCUAGUGUAGCCACUGGAGAAACACAGCUGGAAAAAUUGGAAAGAACGUUGUUGGCGGAUCAAGUGGCGAAGGAGCAAGGCGUUGCGCACUCAACCGUCACCUCGAUAGUAACAGCAAGCUCAUCCCAACUCGCAGGACCCGAUAAACCAAAGUCGACUCCUCUGCUCGAUGCACUUCGCGCAAAGAAGGCAGCGUCACGCGCUGAGGGAAGUAAACAAACAAAAGCAGUCACAGAUGCAAAAGGCAAAGAAUCACGACGAUCGGAAAAGAAGAAAUCCUCCUCAAAGUCCAAGGAAGGUGGCAAGUCCGGAAGUACCUCUGGCAUGACAAAGAGUGUCGUCCCAACUGGAAUAGUCAAACGAUCUUCAUCACCCGUUGGAAAGAAGUCUGCAACUACUCCGUCUGCAUCUGGCGCUUCUUCCAAGGAGGCUACGGACGUGACACCUAAAGCUGAACAACGGCGAAGUCGCCUUGCUCCCACCGGGGGAUUAUUCAAGGCUUCAUUGGGUGCUGUGCUCGGAGCCAAAGAGACCAAGCGACCGCGGGGGAGUGCUCGAAAGCAAAAAGCGGAUGAAGACUCUCAAAACGAUGCCUCCGCUAGUGGGGAUACGGCGCCAGAAGCUAGAGCUAGCAAUGGACCUGGUUUACAGGAGAGGGAGGAAAGUAAAGGGAGAGGGUAUCGUCAGAAACGUCGAACGCGACUCGAAGGCGAUCUCAUCGAUGCAUCAGCUGAUGGAGUGACGGCUGUAAUCAAUGAAGGCGAUACAGACACUCGCAAAAGUAAACCUCGGCAAGUGAGAUCCCGUGACAAUACCGGAACCACGGAUCUUUCAAAACCUGCAGAGGCAUGGCCAGAGAAAGACGAUAGCAGGAAAAUGUCCCGCAAUCGUGUAGCUUCAACGUCAUCAACUUCAUCCAUGGCUUCUCAGCCUCCAAAGCGCACGGGUCCAUCAGUGACGAUUAUGAAGCGAGAUGGAACCACGAGCUCAUUCAAUGUGGGAAAGAACGAUGCAACUUGACACCAAUGUCGCUUUGGUAUUAUUCCGACAUUACGUAAUCGUUGAGAUGGCAAGCGAGCACUAUUGAAUUGCCCUCGCCACGAAAUCGUUGUAAUGGACGUUCAUUGUCGCAUCGGUGCUUACAUUGAACGUUCUUGCUGUUCCCCCCGACCAUUGACUAAAUCAUCAAGAAACUUGCAGGACGCUGCUCAGCUUUGCGCAUAUCUGUAUUCGAAGUUCUAGAGUCAGGGGAGGUAACACAAUUUGUGGAUCAUUGACCUAGUCGGCUCUCAUUGAUGAUCGGGAGUCAUCCCCCAACAUACAGCGUCUGAGGGAUGUGAUGUUGUAAACCUUGUAAACUCUUUGUGCUCCAUGCAUGAGAUCUGAACUCCAUGGUCUACCAAAUACAAGGUGCAUCGUUUCCAAUUGCAUGUAAAUUCUGAUUCGAUGCCAUACCACCGGGAUACUUGAAUGGGUUGGUCACAAUAUUUGAAGUAAAGCCAGAGCUUAUUUUUUUUCUGUUUGGGCACUCCAUGGACCCGACCGAUGGGAUGUAUGCAUUUCGGCGAGGCGGGACAGAAAAGGAUUGAUUCCUUCCUAUGUGUGUUGCUGAGCAGCUGAGUGUGUGAGAUCGAUCGUAUUCUUUUUUGAGAAGGAAUACCAUAUAGAUGCUGAACAGGGUUUCCUUUGCGAUGCUUGGCUUGGGACAACAAUAAUAACUUGAAUACGCGCGAGGGUUAGGGUAUCGGUGCAGUUCAGUGAGGCCAUCAA